GUCAAGAGAUUGUUGCCGGGCGUGGGCAAGGGGCUGCUUCCAGCUGAUCUGCGCAGCAAAGCCUCGACCGUUACAAUCGACUCUUUGAGCCCGAAAAGUGAAAGCGUCGAUGGCUACUUGCACUUCUGCUACACGUCCGUGGCGGAACCUCUCAGCGAGACGCAUUGCGACGUUGACUGUCCGUACCUCAAAGACUUAUACGUCUCCGCGGGCUCAUUCCUCUCAGGCGAGUUAGGAGGCUUGCGACGUGAUAUUUUUGAAUGCUGGCUUUUCCUGAUAGGUGGUUCCAUCGAUGACCUCGUGGUCCUUCCAGAUGAGCCUGGUCUGCAGGAAGCUUUGUUCCUGGACUCCGAUCCAGUGGCACUCGCUGCUGCAGAUACCGGACCAGGCACCGCCCGCAGACAGCCGAAGUGGAUCCCGCACCAAAGUUACGAAUGCAUGUAUGCGCACUACCAGCUGUAUAUGUCUGGCAAGGGCACCGAAGAGGAGCCGGCAUCCUACAGGUGUGCCACCUGUUCUCGGUUCUCCCAGAGGAUCAAGAAUGCUCUGGCAGAAGCCGACAAGAUCCCAUUGCAAAGGGCGCAGGAGCAACACAUCAAUCAGGUGAUGUCGCAUCGGACCUUGUGCACAAGGCUCAACCACCUCAGCGAGGAGUCGACUUCCAGACCGGGGAUCUCGGAUCCGACCGGGAUCUUGAAAAUAGACCUGGACGGUGCAGAUCAAAGCAAGACCUUGCUCCCCAAAGGGCUCGACAACAACAAGUUCCUGUCGUCCCUUUGGCGCGCGCAGCUUCAUGUCAUGGGAGCUUUGGUGCAUGGAGUUGCAGAAAUCUAUUACCUCGUUUCCCCGGACGUGAUGAAGGACAGCAGCACGGAGGUAUCGCUACUGUGCGAUGUCCUGCAGACCUCAGAAACCAUCUUGCGGGAGCGAGACAUUGAAGUGCCACCUUAUUUGGCACUGGAGGCCUGUAUCUGGGAUGGACUUUCUUCUGAACAUGCCUUGUGCUCAACAGUCCAAAAUCACGAGUCCUCGCAGCCCUGUGCAGACGGACAAUUGUUGCCGAGAAGCCAAGAACCAGGUGAUGCUGAAAGCCGAGGCUCUUUUGCUCAGCCAAAGAAAGCCACAGGGCAUUGA